AGGAAAUGAAGGAGGAGCAGGAGCUGGACGAUGACGAGGAGCUGGAUGAGGACGAGGAGAAGGUAGAAGAACCUUUUGCCGCCAUCUCUACCCUUGCAUGGGAGGAGAAGAUCCCUUGAGCCUGCUCUUCCAUGCAAUGAGAUCACAACUGAUCCUCUCCCACAUUCCCGCCCUACCACAACAGUCCCAGGUUUGACUCCACAUCCACAGCUCUCUGGAUAGAGACUUUCAAAGAUUCAAAGCCCCCAGAGUGAAGAAAUUUUGCACCAUCUCAGUCCUGACCAUUCCUUUACCCUGAGUAUAUACUCCCUAGUUGUAAACUCUCCAGCUCUCAGCAUCUACCCUGUCAAUUCCUCUCAGCAUCUUAUGCUUCAGUCAGAUCAACUCAUUCCUUAAGAGUCCAGUGAAUGGACCCAACCUGUUCCUUGUAGAACAGCCUUCUCAUCCUAGGAAUCUGCCAGGUGACCCUAAGCUGUACUGGCUCCAGGCAAGUGUAUGUAGAGUAAUUUGGGUGUGGUCUCACCAAUGUCCUGUCAACUGUAGACUUCCUUACUCCUGUACUCCUGCCCCUCCACAAUUAGGGCCAUUGCGCCACCUGUCUUCCCAAAUCAAUAACUUCCCAAGUUCCCACAUUAUACUACAUCUGGCACAUCCUUGCCCACUCAUUAACUUGUCUUCGUCUCUUUGCAGAUUCUGUGCGUCAUCCUGUAAGUUCAAACGAUAGCCUUGGCGAGACCUCUACUGCUGUGGAGGGGCAAGGAACAAUGGACCAAUUGCUGGAAACCCCCAAAGCCAAACAAAUGUGUUUCCCAGAAGCAACGUAUGAAUUUCUACCUCCCUUCUCAGGGCUGGUACACCUCAGCCUUGCAAAAAAUAAGAUAUCGGAUGACGAGGAGCUGUUAGCUGUUUGUCUUUUCCCAGCACUGAGUAAACUGACCAUCUACAAGAACCCUAUCACCCUCAGCACCGGGAAGAAACCCCAUCUGGUGAUCUCCAUGCUGAAGGACAGGCUAGGGAUCGAGGUGAUCACUGGUGAGCCGCGGCCAGUGGACAGGCCACCUGUCGUCAAGGUCUUCAAUCCCAAGCGCAAGGUUGACAGUCACAUUCCAAAGAUCCCGAAACAGCCCCCGAUGCUAGAAACAGCCAAACAGCUCCUUGGCUUGGAAUGUGGUGGCCCUGGAGGGACCCAGCGUGGAGGGGCAGAGCUCAGACCUCCAGGACAGGUGGACGAUAUCUGCACAGAACCCAUGUCAGCGACACACGGGACCUGCAGGGGACGAGACAGCAUUCCUGAACCCACCACCGGAAAUCCAGAGAAGCAACACCAAGAGGCCAUGGAAGAAAAGCCCGUGGAAGGAUUCUUCAUGACUCAGGUUGAAGACAUAACGUUGAACAGCGAAGACAAGGUGGCCCUGGAGAUAAAGCAGACAGCAGUGCCCUCGGUAACAACAGAUCUCCCUGAGAGAUACAAAGGGUAUGAGGAACUCCUGGAUGCUACAACUGACCCCUACUUUGUGGAACCAGUUGGAAUUCAACAGAACGUUCAGCAACUGGAACGGCACCUUCGGAAACUGCAGCUGUAUCCAGAUCCCUUCAGCAGUGUGAACCUCCAGAGGAGGCCCUAUGUUCCUAAGCAGAGGAAGGUAUCCUCCUACUUUUAUAACUUCCUUACUGCAACACUUCAUUGUAUAAAGUUACAGCAUAGGAGCCCAUUGUAUCCAUGCCAGGCAAGGAAGGAGCUAUUCUGGCUGACACCCCACCGUCCAGGCAUAAGCUGUCCACAGGAUAAGGCGGCUCCCCUAAUCACUUGUGACAACACCCUGUCCCUCACUCCUGCUCCCAGUGACCAUGUCUCCCAAGGCCUACAGAUCCUCACCUCCAUGCCAACUCUCCCUUUGGAAAAGCCUCCCUGGAGCCCAGCUGCCUGCCGAUGCCUCCCACUGUGCUGGGAGCUGCAUGCAGGCUGGAUCCUUUAGCCUGGACCCAUGGUAGUGGCUGAGAGAAGCCAGUGGCACCCCCAGCAUCAGUCCAACCGCACAUUUUAUCAACUGCUCUCCUAAAACACAAGGAUGAAGUCUGCUCUGAAAUAAAAAGCAAGACCUGCAUUUCAACUCCUCAAGAUGUACCAAACCUCUUCACAGCCAAGGAAGAAUUUUCCAACUGUGAUGAUAGUUGUGAUGGAAACACAUCAGGGAUGGACAAGUAGCAAUGCAACAAUGACCAGAUAACUCACUUCAGUGAUGAUAGCUUAAUGGUAAAUAUUCACCCCCCAGAAGCCCCUGCUUGUCUUCAACAAAGCUUCCAAGAUCAUGAAGAGAAGGCCAAGCAUCUCACAUCACCUCCAACACUGUAAAUACUGCACUGUAGAAUCUGCAUGGACUAUGGGACUCAAGUCUUUGGACUGAGACUUGAAACCAUGAUCUGCUGACUAUCCCCUGACCCACAGCUGUCAUAGGAAAUGUGAUCAUGGGCACAGGCAGAUCCCAGAAACAUCCCUCACAUGAAAGGCCUGUGGUUUUAAAUUCUUUUAGCUGAGGAAUAUAAGCCAACUGUUUGCUCUUCAAGUGGCCCCUUCAACUUCCCAUUCCCCAAGAGCAGGCAGACAAGCCUCUGACCAGGCAGCACUCCCUCAGCAACACAAAAUCCCAACUAAUUAUUAACUUGCAUGUGUUCACUGGCUUCCCGACCUUCCCGAGGGUCUGUGGUGAGGGAGGGGCAGUAGCUGUGCAAGAUAUUCAUUGUUUUCUUUUGUGCUGCUCCAGAACCUUCCAGAAUGUACGUCCCACAAAAGCAAAGCCGAUAAAAUGGAGGAGAUCCUAAAGAGGAUGAAGGAGCAGAGAGCCAUGACUGGUAUUCCAUUAGGUAACUCCAUCAGUGUUCUGUUUCAGUUGACCAACCA